GUCCGUGCUACGGCUGCUUCUUGUCACUCAUUGUGCCGCGAACACGGGUAGCGACAAGGACCAAAAUUCCUUCCGGUAGCAGUUCUUGUCCCUGGAAAGGCUGAUAUCUGCCCCCCCCUCCCUCUCAGGAGAGACACCUCGCUUGUUUAAAGUGCGUCUACUCUACAAGGAGAAUAUCUGUGACAUAUUACAAUGCUUCAAAUAAGGGACAUCAUCUGGGGAUUGCUAUUCAUUGGCUGCGCAGCCACCAUCCAGGUGGAAAUCAUGCCACCACAAGGAGAGAUCAGCGUAGGAGAGUCCAAAUUUUUCCUCUGCAAAGUGUUGGGAGAUGCGAAAGACAUAGACUGGUACGCCCCCAGUGGUGAGAAGAUCCUUCCCAACAGGCCAGACAUUUUUGUCAGCCAGACUGAUAACAUGAUGUCGACCCUCACCAUAUACCACGCCAAUGUGGACAGCGCUGGCAUCUACAAGUGCGUGGCAAAGAAUGGGGACAAGGAGGCCCAGGCCACAGUCCAAGUGAAGAUAUUCCAAAAGAUCACUUUCAAGAGUUCUCCUAGCCCACAAGAGUUCAGUGAAGGCGAUGAUGCUGACAUAGUCUGCGAUGUGGACAGUUCACCACCACCCACCAUCAUUUGGAAGCAUAAGGGCUCCAAGAUCCAAGUUGCCAAAGAUGUGCGAUUCAAAAUCAUGGAUAACGGCCACCUGCAGAUCCGCGGCAUCAAAAAGACAGAUGAGGGCAUGUACAACUGUGAGGCCCGUGUCAUGGCCAGGGGAGAAAUUGACUUCAGGAUGAUCAUGGUUGUUGUUAAUGUGCUUCCCACCAUCCGUGCCAGGCAGUCAGAUAUCAACGCUACAGCAGACAUUGGUAGCUCUGCUUUGUUGGCUUGUGAUGCAGAUGGCUUCCCUGAACCCACCGUCACCUGGGCACAUAACAACGUUGUCCUUGAAUCGGGUGAUAAGUACAGCCUGAAUGAGGAUGGUUCAGAAUUGGUAAUAAAAGAUGUCAAGAAAGUGGAUGAAGGUGAUUACACUUGCAUCGCUAAGAACAAGGCAGGAGAGAAAGCCGAGGAAGUCAGCCUGAACGUGUUCGUGCAACCCAAGAUUACCUACCUGAAUAACCAGACUGCCUCAGAGUUUGACGAACAAGUCACCCUGACCUGUGAGGCCUCGGGUGACCCCACACCCACCAUCUCCUGGAGUUUUGAAAACAGAGUGUUCACUGAAGGACAGCAGGCUUCUUGGACGCGACCAGACAAAUAUGAGAGUCUUGAUAGAAAUAUUGUGGUACGCAGCCAUGCACGGUUGUCCUCUCUCACCUUGAAAAACAUCCAGUUCACGUAUGCCGGCCAGUAUCUCUGCACCGCCAGCAACUCCAUCGGUCAGGACAACCAGCACAUGUACCUGGAAGUCCGCUAUGCUCCAAAGAUCCUGAGUCCAGUGAUGACGUUCACGUGGGAGGGGAACCCAGCCAACAUCAGCUGUGAGGUGGAGGCUCACCCAGGAGCCUCAGUCGUUUGGUUCAGAGACGGCCUCCAGCUGUCCACUACUAACAUUACCAACAUGAAGAUCUACAACACACCAACCAUCAGCUACCUGGAGAUUACCCCUGAUUCUGAGAGUGACUUUGGAAGCUACAACUGCACAGCAACCAAUGUGAUGGGCACAGAAUCCAAGGAGUUCCUUCUUAUCCAAGCAGAUGUGCCAUCAUCGCCUGAAAUUCAUCAAGUGGAACCUUUCUCCAGCACAGCAGUGGUAAAGUUUGAGGAGCCCGACUCCAUGGGUGGCGUGCCCGUUAUGAAGUACAGAUUGGAGUGGCGUUUGCCUGACCAGGAUUGGACUGGCAGGGUGUAUGAUGCCGAGGACGACAUGACCAGGAUCACCAUUUUUGACCUGAAACCAGACACCACCUAUGAAGUCAAGAUGUCCGCCAUCAACGGCAAGGGCGAAGGCGAGAGCAGCCCAGCCAGAACUUUCAAGACUGAGCCAAUCCGGUAUUCUUUCACAAUUUCAUCAGAGAUUCCACCCACUAUUGCUGCUACCAGUAUGGCCAGCAAAGGGGAACCCAGUGCUCCCAAACUAGAGGUCAAGGUCCAAAACAGAGGCAAUUCUCUUAAGGUCAACUGGAUCAAGCAGGACGAUGGUGGUUCCCCAAUUAAACAUUACCUGAUCAGAUACAAGGCUAAGCAUGUAUCUGACUGGAAACCAGAGAUCCGCCUUCCUCAUGGCAGUGAGUAUGUGGUGCUGAGCGGUCUGGACUGGAAUACCGAGUAUGAGGUUUACGUGGUGGCAGAAAAUCAGCAGGGCAAGUCUGAGCCUGGCAUCCUCUCCUUCAGAACAGCUACAGAGCCCACUACCAUCCCAGACACCAUGGACGGUGUCUCAGGCCUUGGCACUGGAGCCAUCGUUGGCAUCCUCAUUGUUGUCUUUUUCCUGCUGUUGGUGGGCGUGGACGUCACCUGCUACUUCCUCAACAAGUGUGGACUCCUCAUGUGCAUUGCUGUUAACUUCUGUGGGAAGGCCGGACCUGGUGCCAAGAGCAAGGACAUUGAGGAGGGCAAGGCAGCAUUCACGAAAGAUGAGUCUAAGGAGCCCAUUGUUGAGGUGAGAACAGAGGAAGAACACACCCCAAACCAAGAAGGAGGGGGUCCCACUGAGCCUAAUGAGACCACGCCUUUGACGGAACCUGACGGUAAAACUGUGAAGGAUGAUAACACCACAGGCGAGACAGAGGUGAAGAAUGCCACAGCCGAGGUGAAGACAGUUCCCAACGAGGCUCCCCAGACGAACGGCAACGAAAGUAAAGCGUAAUUUCCUCGCCCGAGAGCAUCAAGAAGUAAAGGGUGGUUGGGGUAGGAACGGUGGUAGGGUGUGGGUUUUUAAGGUUAAUCGAGGGGGGUCACAGUCACUGAAACCUCAAAGCAAUGUCACACACCACCCCAUUGCAUCAGAAAAAAAAACAACAAAAAGCAACAGAAAAGCUAAAAAAAGAAAUCAUGGGUCUUUUUCUACAGUUUCCUCUGACCAGGAAAAUGCAAGACCUCAUGCACAUGCCUUAGUUCCUUUUAUGUCAAUUUCUAUUUGUUUAAUUCUCACAGAAAAAAGCUAAAUUCAUUCUUGUAGUUCACCCUCUGUCUUGUAUGUAAUAUUAAAUUGAUAAACUGUUAAAUACAGAAAUUCAAAAACUAUUUUCCUCUAGAUAACCAUGGUUGGACUCUAGCUUUACUUCACAGAUUACUGCCUUCGUCAUGUACACACAUGUAAGACUGGUACAUUACCAAUAAUACUAUUCUUUAUGCAGUAUGGUCAUCAUCAUGGUAAUGGAUUGUGGGUCUUUUUUCCAUUGUUGAUAUUUUGUUGUGUUUAAAUGAUGUGCAGAUGUUACUGCCUAUUUAGCUUUUUUAAGGUGUUAUUUCCAGGGCUAGAGAUUAGAACAUUAGCAUGCCUGUUUUUGCAAAGUUACUGUAUUUCUGUACAUGUUGCUGUCAUUUGGUUCCUCUUUAGAUUUUUUUUUUUUUUUCUUAAAUGUUUUUCCCAUAUGGUUCUGGUACAGAAAUCAUGUUGCCCAAGCUAUGAGAAAUGGAAGAAGACACCGGAGAAAGAUUUAUCAUGCUGUCUAGGUUCAUGGGUCUCAACCCUGUCUCCCUAAAAAUUAUGUUUAUAUACUUUUGCCCGAUAUGUUUUGGAAGACAUGUAAUUGCUGCAUGGAUAAGGAUGACACACAAUGUUUUUCCAGUCCACAAAAUGCUGCGUACUUGUGCUGCACAUGAUUCGCAGGGAGGUGGGUGUACGGAGCACAGUACUUUGACACAGACAGUGUGGAUUUUGUCCCUUGUCCUGUUUGUUGUUAGGUUUAGCCUACUGUGAUAGUUUGGUUAAGGUUAGGGAAAGAUCAUGGUCGAGGUUAAGAGAAAGUAAACACAAAAACAAAUAAAAUGGAUUGUCGGUAUUCGUAUCGCAGGUAUGUUCAGCAUGAACAUUUUGUAACCUCAUUACAAAUGUUUCCUUAUUAUGUUGAUAAAGAACGUAAUCUGGAUGAUAUUAGGUUUCUUUCCAAAUACAUCUGCUGUUGCAAAUGAGCUGUAUAUGAACGUAAUUUUUAGGAAACAGGAUUGAGCUGGGUUUAGCAUAGAGAAAUGAUCACAUUUAGGAUUAUAGCUGCUUUCCUUCUUAGGGGCCGCAUCCCUCAAAGUCCAAUUGUGUCACAUUCCAGAAGAGAAAUUCUGACUUUCUUUGCCUAAAUUUGACGAAAACUGCUGUUGUAUUUUUUUUUUGUGUGUCUUAUCCACCUGCUUCCAGUCCUCAUCAGCUCCUUAAGUCAGAACAUUUUUUUGUGACCAAAUAUACCAGGUGUAUACACAUGGUCACUGGUAAAUAUAUUAUAUGAACUGGACCAAUGAAAAAGGAUACUAGAGGAUGUAAAUAAUGGAAGCCAGGCUUAAAGUUCACCGUUUGAUCAUGGUGGUAGCUAUGUAGUUCAAGUUAAUUAACUUAUAUGGAUACAUUUACCAGUAACAUCGUACACUGUUUGCCAGUUAUCUGAAACGAAACGCCAUAGCUGUGCCUGAACUAUGAACUAUCCCGGGCUGUUCAAGGGCAACUUCCUGCUUGUAAUUGUUGACGGAGUUGACGAGGACUACCCAUUAGGCUAGUGGCUCGGGGUGGGAAUUAGCAAUGAUGGGGAAUCCUCUGUAGACUGUCUCAUCUCAUCUCAGCCCACUGGCCUUCAGUGCCAUCCCUUGUAAACCCCACACUUGGGAGGAGGUGGCGCCUGUAGUGGGACCCAGUUUAUGUGUGCGUUGUUAAUAUAGUCAUUUGGUUUUCUUUAGGUUAAUGUGAGAACACACCUUUAUCUCCUUCUCUCUCUCUCACACGUACUCCUCAACUUUUCCAGGGGUUUCUUUUAAGCAUUUUGGACCAGUUCUUUACCUGACAGGUUUGGGCUUGACAGUGACUCAAAAGGCCAAAUGUGUUCUGUCAAAGCAAUUUCAGUCAGCAGGUUUGGACGGAGAAGUAGACAUGUUUGUUGAAAAAUAUAGCAUUGCCUUUAGCCUUUGCAGGCUUGUUGGCCAAACUAGUUGAAUCCUUGACACUCCGAUUUCCACCGCCUGCAAUUGGUCUUGAAUAUCACAGGACCAACCAUCUCUACUCCCCUGUCUGAUCCAUAACCUUUGCUUCCCUCCUCUAAUGUUCACUGCUUAUAAAUGAAAGGUCUGAAGGCUCAGCUUUCUGAGAUUUCUGUACCUCCGAGUGACCAAGUAUCUGAUCCCCUCAGCCAUGGUUUCUAACUUUCACCACAACUGCUAUCACCACCGUGCAAUUAAGUCUUUAGUUUGUGCCUACAGUAAUGUCACAUGUAUUGUAGGUUCAGUACAGUUUAUCACCUUAUUUUAAACCCACUUUAUCAUCAACAUUUUUUGCAGUUUGGAUGAGUUUCACCAGCAACAGAUUAUCUCUGUCCAUCUUACACUCAAGCAAAGUUUUUUAUCUGGUUUUUAAAUUUUUACUCUUGGUCUAUAAUGGAUAUUAAUAUUGGUAAAGAUAGAGAUUUGAAUUGUGCCCAUUGACUAUGGUUAUUUAGUAUACAACCUGCCAAUAUUUUAGCAUGCAUACUGGACAAAAAUACAUAGACAGAGGUCACUUUGUCACAAAUGCUCAGUAGAUAUUUGGUGAUGUAACCAAUGUGUUAAACUAAUAAAAAUAGAAAAGUCCUCUAAAACAAAAAAGCCCAAACUGUCCCAGGUCAUAAGGAUUCCUGCAGAAAAUUGUGCUGAGUAGCAGAACUGUGGCUUAAAUGGAAAGAUUAAUACUGAGUCAGUGUCUAUAAGUGAAUGUAUACACACAAGCCAUUAAGCAUAGCCUUUCAGUUGUUCUUUUUCCAACAAAACAAAACUGAAUAAAGAUUAAAUUCUGCCCCUUUUAACUAGCCAUGAAGGAAAUUGGUCUGUGGUGUUUAAAGGUCUCUUUAUGCAUAGAAAGUCAAUGAAAGGAGUUCAAAAUGUGUUCCUCAAGCCAUAGUAUGCUGCUGUGGAUUUGGAAGACAAAAAAGAAUUAGUCUGACUGUUUUUCUUUUUUUCUUUUUUUUUUGUACAGUGUUCCUCCUACUUUAGACUGCAAGCUAGUGCACUGUGAAUGUGUGAAUCCAUUGUGUCUUUUGUCAUAGAGUUGAGCAAAUAGUCUGAUUGUGAAAAGAUGUAGCUGAUAGUAUGCUUCAGAAUUCCCAACGCCAACGUACAGAGGUCUGACAGAAGCAAACUGGAAAGACACAGUGCCUUCAAAUUAAAAAUGGUGGCAUGGAUUCCAUUCCCCCUCAGUGUCUCCCCAUUAAAAGUUUCACAUCUCCAUCUUUCUGCCGAUGUGCUUUUUCAUUCACUGCAUUUCACAGUUGUAAAUUAAGCAAUGCUUUGUUUAAACUGUCUCGUAUAUUCUGAAUGGCUGCAUUAAUGUGUUUUGGUAUAUAUGAUGGUUUCUUUACACUGUCUUUGUUAAAGGAUCACUCUGGUUUAUUAUAAUGUGAUUCUUAUAUACAUGGGAUUGGCCGUCACUUCUGUCGUUAUGAUGAACACGGUACUCACCACGUUAAUCGCUGAACUCUCAUAAAUACAUUUUCCCAAAAAUGGAAAAGAACUGAAGGACUCAGUCUGAAAGGGAACCAAGAAUACCUAGACCUGAUCCAAAACCAACAUUUCGAGUGCACUCACCUUCGGUUUUAUCUCCAAACAAAUCAAAAAUAAUCUGGUUAAGGUGAUGGCUUGUUUACCACCAGUCUGACUGCUCCUGUCUCUCGUCCGAUCAGACUUUGUCGUAGCGGUGUCGCCAUGUUCCCAGAUCUCGCCAAUUGACUUGGUGAGUACGAUGCUGUCAUAACUGAUAGAAACGAUGGCCUAAAUGACACAAAUGAGUCCAGAGUUCUGAUAAAGUGGACUCAAAAGAAAAUAUUCAGACGGACUGACUCAUCAUCCUAGAAAACUAGCAUCACAUGAGAACAAUAUCUAGCAAACCAUCUUGUCAAAGCACAAGACACAGUGACACUUUGCUCAGGUCCCAUAUUUUCUAAAAUCUCUGAAAUUGUUGGAUUUGUCAGAUGCAAGCAUGCAAAAUAUAAAAGAAAUGGAAAUAACUAUCAUCGCAGUUUUUGAUAUGGAAAAAAUAAUGAAGGCUUCAUGUAUUGUAUUGAUCUUUUUUCAAGUGUUGUGAAACCUGUUCUGUUUCCCAAACUUUUUAUGUUUGCUUCAAAAGAAAACUGUUUUUGCCUCACAAAGCUCUGAAAUGUAAAAUUUUACUGUUUCUGCUGAAAUAUAGUGUGAAAAUGUCCAAAAAGAACCAUGUGAGUUUUUUGUUUUGUCCAAAAAAAAGGCUUGAAAUGCUCUGAAAUUGCAAAUGGGGGACCACUUUUUUCUGCAGGUUUACAUGAAAACUUUUUCUGCUCAUGUCACAGCUCCUUAAAUCCAUUUGUGGAGGACAUCAGGUCAACCAGUCCCCCUUGUUCAGAUACCUCAAAAAUGGAAGAAUCACACAGAGGCAGCUUUGCAGGCCGCCACUUGAUUCAGUCAGGAUAAAGACAGUUAGCAGAUUUUUCUUUUUUUCACCUUGCUCAGCAUUUGUGAGGAGGAGACAAAGCAACAUGAAUUUUUCAGGGUUUGAAAAAGAGAAAAAACAUCCCCUCAAGGUGCUCUGUCUCACAGUAAGACUCACCAACGCACAACGGCGUAACACCCAACUGCUUCAUAUUCAGUCAGACAGGAGACUCGCUCCUCUAUUGCCAACAGAUCAACUGUUAUUGAUCCAGGACUCCCUGUUCUGCAGCUCUUCUCUCUGUAAACAACAGCUCUCAGACAAGUAGGUCCAGAAUUUGGUAGGGUACCACUCCUCUGUCUGUCUGUCCACUGAUGCCGGUGUAAAUAUUGAAGACUAACUGAGGACAGAAGGAAAACACAUUUUG